AUGACUGGUCCCAAACCCCGACUCAAGAUCGAAGGCGAUUGCUCCACUAUCCACAGCAACACCCUGUACACUUAUUCACCGACUGGAUUUCAAUCAAUACCUCUCAAAGAGAACGGGGACUGGAAGCCACUCCCAUCCCCAGAAUACAAGGUUACUAGCCCUGCCUGCGUCCAAGGCGGGAUCGAGGGGAAUGAAAAUGAUGAAGAUAAAAAGGCAUUUUAUCUGGUUGGCGGGACCGGCUCCUCUGGCAGCAGCGGCCUCCAACGCUUUUCGUUCAGCACCCAGAAAUGGGAGACAUUAACCAUAGAUUCGUCGAUGAAGAAUCGGACUGGACAUGGUGUUGGGUACAUUUCCUCAACAUCGGAAAUAUUGGUUUACGCAGGAAACACAGAUGGCAGCACACAGCCCUCUCAAUCGACACUCCUCAUUUCAACAAUCCCGCCCUUUACCGUGUCGUCCGGUGUCGACCAGGGCGCGCCGGCAUUGUAUGAGCCCAUCAUUUUGCCUUGGGGUUCUUCCGAGGUAGCCUUGGUUGGGGGCUCUGCCACAAAUACUGCUAUCUUCGUCUACGAGGCCACAGAUAAAAAAGGCUUCACCAUCUCGGAGGCGACUCUUCCCUCCGCAAUCGAAUCCUCAUCUCUAUGCGCACUCGCCUCCGACUCUGGGACCAAGGUCCUCGAGAAGUUUAACAUGGUCGCUUCCCCAAAUAGUGUGACCAGCUACACUCUUACCUCGAAAGGAAAGGUGCAGAACCCGAUCACAGCCAUUGCAUCCUCAGGAAAGAGGGGUCUCACCGAUUCUUAUAACGGUACAUUCGCCCCGACGGCAUCCUGGUCUGAUUACACGCUCGCCCAGGGUAGUGGCUUGGUCGUUCUCGCCAGCGGCCAAAGUAACGACUCAUUGGCAAUCUUCAACCAGACGUCCAACGCAUGGGUCAACUCUACAGAGUUGUUCAAUGGAAAAGGAGAUCAACAUGUUCUCAAACCAUCCACUACAUCAUUCACAUCAUCUACUUCGACAUCGACCUCAUCAUCCACAUCGACCUCGAACUCCUCAACUACGCCCACUUCUUCCUCAGAGCCAGUUGCGACUGUAGGUGGCGGCCUGACCGACCAUGGCAAAAUGAUCCUUGGCGCAACCCUUGGGAGUAUCCUAGGGUUUGGCCUGAUCCUGCUCAUCCUUCUGUUCCUACUGCGACGCGAGAAGAAGAAGAAACAAGCAGCGCAACCCGGUCGCGGCGGCGAUAACAAAGGCCGCCUAAGCUUCCAGGAUCAGGGCAUAGAACCCCUGACCGAAGGCGCUUACCCCAUGGCAAGAUCUCCUGUUCCAGUCGCCGCUGGGUCGGUCGACUCAUUGGCUAUCUUCUCUGGCAACUACAAAGGAGAGAAAUCCCUCAAGCCACCCGGUAAUACGGGCUAUGGAUUGUCUCAGCCCAAGAGUAGCAGUCCGCUCUCUACAAUUCCCUCCAGCGGUGUCAUGGGCGCAUCAAGCGUAUACACCGACGACACCAAUCGGGCUGGCGAUGAGACCGGCCAUGGAAACCAGGCCGCUGACCGAAUGACUGACGAAGGGUGGGGGAAAUACUUCGAGGACGGCGGUGCCACUAACUUGCAAUCCGACCGCUCGACUAUGAGUUCCGUAUACACCAAGUCCGAUUACCGCGGAAGCGCCUGGCCAAUGACUACCUUGACACCAUUGAACUUCGGUUUCCUCGACCAGCCCAAGCCCCUGGGUCACGUUCUUAGCGGGAGCCCGACCACGGAGCACAGUUCCAGUGAGAUGGGCAGUCGAAGUCUAGUGAUUCCGGAGAGUCAAUCGGCGCGAAUCUCCAGUGCCGAUUCCAUCAGUAUCGCCUCGGACGACGACCGCGAUGAUCCAAAGUGGCAAGGUGCGGGCCAGAGCAGCUGGCUUGGGCGUCCCACAAGCAGCAACUACACUGCCAGCUUCUACCAGUCGAGCACACAAGAUAUGCCCUGGGAAUCAAAUGCCAGCCUUGGGGAAAAGGCAAGGCAGUCCAAUGCACGAAGAUCGAGCGUCAUCAUCCCACACGAUAUCGACGAACUUCCGAUGCAAGGGCAGAAGAACAAUACCAAUUCAGAUAUGAGCUGGCUCAAUCUCAAGGCUGAUCGUUAA